ACGGUUUGAGGUCGGCGACGGAGCAGUGAGCGAGCACAAACCCACGGGAUUUGAUGGAGAUUGGGAUGACCCGCUGCUCUAUUUAAAAAACUAUAGUAAUCGGAAACCGUUUUUAUUUUCUCUGAAUAGUUUCUGACAUGUCGGGAGAUAAGGUAAAGAGUCCUUGCAACAAAUUCCAAGCGAAUAUUUUUAAUAAAAGUAAAUGUCAGAAUUGCUUUAAGUCUCGGGAACUUCACCUUUUGACAGACCAUGGAAAUGACAAGGCUAAACCCGUCUACGGGGGUUGGCUCUGCCUCGCGCCGACGGGGACCGACUUCGACAACCCCGUGCAGAGGUCAAGGAAGUGGCAGAGGCGUUUCUUCAUCCUGUAUGAACAUGGCAGUCUAAGCUUCGCCCUGGAUGAGCAGCCCUGCACCCUCCCCCAGGGCAUGGUGAACAUGAACCAGUGUACGGAUGUGGUGGACGCCCAGCCCCGGACCGGCCAGAGGCACGCCCUCUGCAUCGUCAGCCCCGACCUGGAGCUCUACAUCAGAGGGGAGAGUCGUGAGAUCAUCAACGGCUGGAGUGAGCAGUUAGCCGUGUAUCCUCUGACCAACAAACUGAAUCUGAAGAAGAAACGCAAGGUUGAAAUGUCCUGCUUCCAGGAACUAAGUCCGGCAAAGAUGACAGCUACUGAGUUCUGUUUCCCUGACUUGGAGAGUCCGAUACCUGUAUUCAGCCCCAGCCCCUGCCCCUGCCCCAUCUCCUCCUGCACCAAUGGCCCUGACAUUGACCUUUGCCCUCCCACCAACCCCAGACCGAACCCCAGCCCUGACCCUUUGACCUCGGAGGGACAAACAGAGACAAACACCAGCUCAUCAGUCAAACGCAACGACACCCAGAAGUCAGAGAGGAGGCGCCGCAAGGAAGCAGAGGGGCUGAUGGGAUUGGAACAGGGGAAACCUGGGAGGAUCGACACAGAGCAGGAAGUUGGACAAGACACAUACAGGAAGGGGCGGAGCCACCAGCGAGAGAAGCUGCAGUCCUGUGCAGAGGGCCCGGCCCCCCAGCUCUCCCUCCCGCCUCCUCAGAGGAGGGCCAAGUCUCUGGACCGUAGAACCACCGAGUCCACCAUGACGCCUGAUCUACUAAACUUCAAGAAAGGAUGGAUGGUCAAAUUAGACCAGGAGGACCAGUGGAGGAAGUUCUGGUUUGUUCUCUCUGCGGACAGUCUUCUUUACUACAAGGACUCUCUGGCAGAAGAGGCCUCAUACCUGGACGGAGAGAUCGACCUGACGGACUGUCACGGUGUGUCUGAGUACCAGGUCCCCAGGAACUACGGCUUCCAGAUCCACACCCUGCAGUGUGUGCACACGCUGUCGGCCAUGACGGCGGGCAUCCGGAGGAACUGGAUCCAGGCCCUCAUGAAGAACGUGCGUCCGUUCAACGCCCCCGACGUGGCCAGCAGCCUUCCGGGCCCGCGUCCCCCCUGCAGCCCUCCGGAGGUCCUCCCCAGGCCUGAUGUGACCCAGGAGUCCCGGCCCACAGACAGCGGUCCGAAGCCCAGGGAGGGAGCCCUAGGCCUGGGGCUGAGCACCAGACAGAGCCGGGUGCGGGAGAGGAGGCAGGAGGGACGCUCCAAGACAUUUGACUGGGCCGAGUUCAGGCCCCUGGCCCAGCUAACGCCUUCACCCACCCCAGCCUCAAUGCCAGCUCCAGCCCCUAUCUCUGAUCCAGCCCCUGCCUCUAUCUCUGCUCCAGCCCCAGCCCCAGCCUCUAUCUCUGAUCCAGCCCCUGCCUCUAUCUCUGCUCCAGCCCCAGCCUCUAUCUCUGAUCCAGCCCCAGCCUCUAUCUCUGAUCCAGCCCCAGCCCCAGCUCCAGCCCCGGCCUGGAUAGGUCUCUGGGAGCAGGAUGGGAGGAAGAGGCGUGAGGACAGGAGGAGGAGGUACGAGAGCGUGCUGGGCUUCCCUCUGGGCUGGGAGCUGGAUCUGGAUGGCAGCAGAGAGGAGGGUGCUUCCCUCUGCUGCCCCCAGGCACAGAGGAGGGUCCAGGAGGAGAUAGAGAGGUGCUGGCAGCAGGUGGAGAGAACUGUCUUCAGAGAGGACAAGACCGUACCAUUACAGGCAGAGACCCGAAGGACUGUACCAUUAAACUCUGAACCCCCCAGGACUGUACCAUUAGAUUCGGACCCUCCCAGUGCUGUACCAUCACAACAUGAAGACCAGUACACAGAUCACCUGGUUUACCAGGAGACCAGCCAGGUCCUGCUGCAGCAGGAUGUGAUCCGACAAAACCAGCAGCAACAGCUGGACCUCGCACAGUCGCUCUCAACCAACCAGGAACCUCCUAGCUCCUCUGAACCAGUCUCAUCCAACCAGCUUGACUUCCUCCCGUCAGCCUUAGCCAAUAGGGAACAGCUUGUCUCGCCUACGCCAGUCUCAACCAGUCAUAUUCCACAAUACUCAGACCCUAAACCUCCCAGCAUCUGGCUUCAUGAUGCUGAGGGUAACUUGCAGGAGCUAGGGGGAUGGACCCCAGUCUGCUCUGAGCUGGCUCUCACCCCCACAUCCUCCCCAGUCCUGGACAGUGAGCUCCCCCAUGCCCCUCAACCUCAUUCUGGGCAAAGCGGACUGAGCAGAGGGCCUGACCUGGAUACAACGCUGGACAGAGGAGGGCAUCAGCGGGGGGCAUCGAGGCCAGAGACCGACACAGGCAGAAGAGCAUGGAGCUCUGAUCUACCCGUCAUGGAGGUGACUGGGCAGAUGUCCAAGAAACUGGCUGACAACGUCAACAUCUAUGAGGACUUCAGGUCCAGAGAGGAGCAGACAGACCCAGGUCCGGACCCAGGCUCGAGCCCAGAGCCAGGCCUCUCAGUGGGACAGCUGGCCCAGGAAGUAUCCCUGCUAACCAGGCAGAACCAGGCUCUGGACCAGCGCAACCAGGAGAUGGUGAACCAGCUGACCGAGGCAGACAGGGAGAUAGAGAGGCUGAGAGCGGAGCUGUCCGUCAGGCUGAGCAAGCCCCAAGGUUCCCUGGAGGAGAAGCUGGCCAGUCGGGUAAGGGCUGAGGGCCUGGAGGCGGAGGGCCUGGAGGCAGAGCUGCGCCAGAGGACCCACCAGCUGCAAGAGGCCCAGUUCCUCCUCGCCUCCCUUGAAGAUCGUCUGAGGGACACCGAGACUCGGCUGCAGGUCAGAGAGGCCAUGCUGCAGGGCCUGAGCUGCUCCCCUGAGACAGGGGAGGAGGAAGAGGAAGAGGAAGAGGAGCAGGAGGAGGAGGAGGAGGAGGAGGAAGAGGAGGAGGAAGACUGGAAAAGGGUAGAGGAGAAAGUGAAAGAGAAGGUUAUUAGGGAGAAGGAGGAUAUAGGCCUAAAGGAGGAGGAGGCGGCGGAGGAGGAGGAGAAAGUGUUGGGAGAGGAGAACUACGACACUGCAGACCCGGAGCUGCAGACACAGGAGGACUCAGCGCUGCAGGUAGAGAGGGAUGCAGAGGCAGAGAGGCUGCAGACUCAGAGUACUGCAGUUUCAGAGACCGAGGUCAUAUGGAGGUUACAUGGAGAGCUAGAGAAGGAGAGUAGGAUGGAGGAGGACAGAGGAGAGAAGGGCAGACGACAGGAGGCAUGGCGACAAUCGGGUUCAUCAGAGUCAGAGGACGGAAGGUUACAGAAAGUGGUGGAGGAGAUGGUGCUGAGGUCUAGAGUUAUGGGUGGAGUCCUGGAGAUGAUUGACAGGUCAAGCAUGAGCCUGGUCAAGGUGGCGCUGGACGGAGAGGAGGAUAAAGUCAAGCUGACUGUGGCCAAUCAGCUGCGGCUAGAGGAGGAGUUUUGGGCCACGCUGCUGAUUGAUCUGAAGGGUAACCAAUCCCAGGAGAGGGAGGGGGAGGGACGGCCAGACAGGCUGGUUCUCAGUGAGGUGGUAGAACGGGUGGUGGUUGAGAAGCAGAUGCUGUUGUUAGCUUACAGUCUCACACAGACACACACAGACACUGGUUCAGGGGGGGACGGAAUGAACUGCAACAGGCCUUCUAAAGACUCAGACAUAGGCCCUGACAAGGAGAGUGGUAUGUCGUACAUCGGAGAGAAUGACACGGAUGACAUCACAAUGACAUCGACGGACACAAAUGACAUCAUCAGCGGUCGCUUCACGGAGGUCACCCGGGUGAAGAUGUCACUGCUCAACCACAUUGUGUGCUCGCUCAGGUGCUCAGCCAAUGAGCAGCUCCGGCCCAGAAGUCCAUCCAAUGAUCAGCUCUGGUUCAUGGCGACCAGGCUAAGCAAGCUGCCCAGUCUUCAGUCCCCCGGGUUGUCCAUCGCUCACCUAGCUGCUGUAGAGACCCUCACUGCCUACCUGAUCAGCAUGCUGCAGGCCCAGCACCAGAGAGAGGACCAGAGGACCAGACAGGCCCUCCUCUCCCCCUCUCUGCCCUGCAGACGCUGCCUCAGCCUGGGGAGGGGGGACCGGGGGAUGAGGGGCAGCCUGGAUGAACUGGGGGCGCCGAGGUGGGGUCCAGGAGGUCAUGAAGGGGCCGGUCCUCAGCUGGGGCAGGGCAGGGGCUCAUGGGAACCUGUCACAGAGGUACUGGAACCAGCGGAGGAGCAGUUGACAGAGAGGACCACCCAAGACGUUUCAGGUCAAAUGGAGGCUAGGGACCCUAAGAAAGAGGGGACCGUUUUAAAUGACGGACAAGGGCUUGGGAGGCUACAGGAAGAAGGGUCAGUUAUAGACAACGUGCCAGUGGAAGAAGUCAUUGUUGAGUCUCUUACAAACACCUCAGACUGCCCACGGGGACACGGUGAUGAGCAGGUGGAGAGGGGACAGGAAGUGGGAAGCCUUAAACAGGAAGAAGAUGUGUUGUCACUGCGGGCCAGAGUGAGGGAUCUGGAGAUGGGUCUCUCUCUGGUGUUGGAGGAGAUGAGAGCAGAGCAUGAUGGGAGUAUGGUAUCUCUGCAACUGAAACAAGAACAGGAUAUAGAGAGGCUAAAGAGCAGCUAUAAGCAGGGCUUGACCUCCAUGGAAGAGUCUCACCAGAGAGUGUUGGAGGAGCUGAGCCAGAGACACCAGCGAGAGCUGGCCACCCUGCGGAGAGAGAGAGACCGACUGCUGGAGGAGGAGACCGCUGCUACUGUCACUGCUAUUGCAGCCAUGAAGAGCGCCUACCGUGUGGAGCUGGAGAGAGAGGUUCAGAGAGCCGUCCAGGAGCACCGCAGCAGAGGGCACUCUGACCUGGAGGACAUGUGCAGACAGCACAGUGAGGAGCUGGGUUCCUGCCAACGGGAGCUGGAGGUGUUGUCCCAGCAGUACUGCCUCAGGUGUGUGGAAGCUGUGGACCUGGAACAGACCCUGGAAUCCCACAGACACGCCCUGGGGAGGAGCCAGAAGGACAACCAUCACCUGCGCACACGCAACCAGGAGCUAAGCGCCCAGCUAGCAGCAGAGAUCACCAGACUGUGUUCCUCGGCCCUCCAGAGGUCCACCCUCCCCUGCCAGGACCAGCACCAUGAAGAGCUGGAGAUCAGACUGACAGUGACGGAGAGUGAGCUUCAGUGUGUGAAGCAGGAGAUGAUCUUCCUCCGGGACCAGUUAGAGACAGCCCACAUGGAUCAGAAAGAAGCCGUAGAGCAGUACCAGGACCUCUCCGCUGAGCUGGGCAUGUUCAGAACCCGGGCCACCAGAGAUCUGAGCAUGCUCAGAGAGAACCUCCAGCUGGCUCACAAAGCGCUGGUGGAGGCUGGACACACACACAAUGGAACCUGUUAGAACCACAAUGCUUCAUCACUUAUGUCACAAUUUCUUUAUAAAAAAUGUCCAGUUAUUCCUGUUCACUGCUGUUGUACAGAUGCAAAUUCCCUUGUACAUCAAUACAGUUUUAUCCAUCCAUAUAUGCAUUUAUCCAUCCAUCCAUCACACUCUCUGGGGUCGAUCUUGAGUCCUCUGACUCACUCAUACCACGCUUUAGCACGCAGCGAACAGCCUGCAAUUCAACAGUACAGGUGGGCGGUAUUUUUCACAGAGGAGUGAGUUCAACCUAUUGAACUUGGUUACAAUGGCACCACACACAACUUGAAGGUUGCCUUUCAGUUGUUCAUCUGGAGAUUUCUUUCAUUUAAAACAUCUUCAAAUAUAAUACAAUAUUAUUAACCUGUAGGACAUUUAAUAGCAGCAUUUUUUUAAAGCGUGUUUCAAGUCAUCAUCUCACAGAUAUUGCUAGAGAUUUCCUUCUGAGGAUAAAAAAGGAGCAACGUGUUCCUGCAGUGUUUACAUAACAGUGUGUGUGAUACAACUUUUAUCUGGCUAAAGCCCACCUCCACCCUCCUUCACUCAUUCCCUCCUCUACCUAGGGCCAGUUUUUUUCUAAAAUGUUUUUUAUUGUAUUUGUAAAUCUGUUUGAGAGUUAAAUAAUUAUUUAAAUGAUACUUCGUCACCCCAGCGCUUUAGGUUACUCUUGUUUUCGAAGUCCUCCAUUUAGACUGUAUGAUUCGUACAUAAUUGUUUUCAUGAACGAGAAAUAAUGAUAUGUAUUGUCUUAUUAUUAUCUUCUAUCAUAGUAUAA